AUGAGAUUUCCAUCGUCUAUUGCCGUACAAAGCCAUCCGCUCAAAUACGCUGCCCUGUUGGCACGUUCCGUCAUUCCUCUCCUCCCUCCCCACCCCUCCCCACUCUCCAAGACGCGUCCUCCCAAUGUCCCCCAGGGCAUCUCGCAACGCGUCUUCAACCCCCUCCGCUCCGUACACAAAGCGCGCUACGGGCCAGCCCAAGUCGUCGAGGCAACAGUUCUCCGCGUGCGGCGCGUGCAGAAUGAGAAGAGUUCGUUGCGACCUCAAGGACGUGGCCAUGGCAGACCCCACAAGUCUGCCGUCGUGUUCGAACUGCAAGGAGCGCGGUAUUAAAUGCGUCGAUGAAUUCGCCGAGGUCAAGGCUGUCAAAAACCUUCGUCGAGGUCGCCGUCUACAACAAGUCGAGGCCGUGUAUGGCAAAGUCGCGUCUGAUGGUCCGAUGUCACGUAGUAUCGCCACCUCUUCGGCAGUGGGAAUACCCUCUCCUAUCAAUACGUCUGGGCCUAGUGUCAUACCCCAACUAAACCUAGAGUUUUUCCGCUCGCCCUUUUUCCGACGUUUCAACAUCCAAAGGCCUAUCAUUGAACCCUCGGAAUUUACAUCCAGGUACUUUGCUCAUGUCGAGGGAACCUCCUCUAUCGGCGUCGAGGGCGAGAUGAUUGCUAUGCUCCUCGUUAUCUGGGCGGCUUCCUUCGGCGUCAACGAAUGCGGUAUCGAUGUCGAAGAGUUUGAGCCUCCUUCACCCAUCAGCCCUACACACCCAGCCACCAGCCAAGACGAUGAUUCCUACCGCCGUGUUCGUGCCAUGAGGACAGACGCCAUGACCAGGGAGGCCCUGCGACUGAUUGAUAUCCACGGUAUUCUCCGUCGCCCAACAUGGGAUGGCGUCAGGGUUCUUCUAUUGAUUCUCCCUCUCACUCAAGGCAUCUUGAGCCCGAUGGAGAGGAUUGCUAUGCAAGAGGCAACCCUAGCUCAGGUUCACACCCUCUGCUUCCCUCCGUCCCCUGAGGCAGAAAAUGCUAUCCCUUGCGAGCCUCUCGUCCGUGCGCGCGUCUUUUGGUACGCAAACGUGCAAGAGGCGAUCACUCAGGGUCUCCGAGACGGCCGCCUAGUAUUCGACGACGAUGAUCUGCUCGCCUUUCAAAACUCACUCCCACCUCAAUACGCCAUGUCGUCUCCCCUCUCUCGGCCAAGCUCGUCACACUCGGGAACGCUCCCGGGAUCUCCCAUCAGCCAGCAUAUCAGCAGCAUGGACCACCCUCGGGCGUCCUUGGUCUUCCAGAUCACAUCCCACUAUUUCUCCCACACGCUUGCCGUUGCUCGUAUAUGCCGCGAGAUCCACGUUCACCUUACUGGCCCUCGUGCCAGGCGUAGAUGUGAAGGUGGAGUCCCUGUCGACCAGGAGGCCCUCACUCGUCUUUGGGACGAGAUCGAGCAGAGCUGGGAAGAGUUUGAACAGCUUCGCCGUAGUGCCUCUAGCAACAUGGGGGAUCUCGUCCGUGGUGAAGACGUUGAGCGCUUCGUCAGCAGCUGGCAGAUCUUCAUCUUUGAAUGUCUCAACGUCAUCCGCGAGUCGUUGAAGAAGUGCAUCCUCUCCCUGUCACCUCCCGGGAGCCCCAACUUUUCAGAGCCUCGACGCUCGUCAUCAGCAUCGUCGACCUACUCUUACACAGUGCAUCUACACUCCCAAGCCGUCCGUCGUUGUCGCAUCAUGCUCCCCCGCAUCCUCGCCAUUGUUGGCCGACACCUUGAGGUCUCUACCAGCGGAUUUUUCGCUUACGAGGCUGGCCUCGUAUGCGACGGGAUCUUCUUCGCUGCUCUUAUACUGGCUCAGGGCGAUAUUGAGAACGAUGGCGAGAUCCUUCCUAAAAACGAGGAUGGGUUUUCUUGGGAUGUCGAAGCCGAGGAAGGAGUUGACAUCUGUCUUCGUGCUCUUCGUCAGCUGGGAUGGGCACACGCACAGAGUGAGAUGCGCCAACGUACCAUCCACGCCGUCUGGGGUGCUCGUAUGCGUCGUAGCCAGUGCAACGCUCAGGACCCCGUCCACAACCAGGCCGCUAGGUUUACUUACUCUAGCUCUCAGAACCACGAUUACCUUGCCGUGCGGCCACCGAUGCCGACGGAAUACCACCAGCAAGUCUCCCUCGCGCUGGUGUCGGCCGCUGGUCAAUCCCGCCCGCACCUUCCCCCGCUAUCUCUUGGGUCUUCCCAGGGACAUGUGGACAGCGCGCCGAACACCGCAGUCAGUGAUGGCAGCUGUGCGUGGCCGCCUUAUACCCCGCCGACUACGGCCGGCUCAAUGACGUGCCAGAGCUCGUCCUCCACUAGCUCGGGCUCGCCGCACGUCCUCCCUAUGCCCACCUUGAAGCACCCCCAGCUCGGGGCACCCAACCUGGACACUGACACCUAUGGUGUGGAGGUCAACCCUUUCGCAUACGAUGUGGACGACACCAUCGUGUCGGAGCCGGUGCUUGUGCAGGGUCCGUGGUCUUCACCCUAUAGCCAGGGUUCUUCGAAGGCCUUCUUCGAUCCCAACGUUAUGUUCCCCACUUCGAACACCGUGCUGACGCCGCCGUCCACUUCAGCGGGCACGGAAAGCUGUCAGCAAUUUACCAACUUCUAUUGAUUCUCGGCUAUCUUGUCUUGUAUUCUUUUUUUAUUAUCCAUGCUCCAUCGCCUCGUGUUUUCUCGCUGUAAUUUUGCUUAUACCAUUGCAUUCUCCUUUGCUUUCGCCUAAUACGUACCAUUCUUGCAUUCUAUGGACCACAUUCUUGGAUUUUUAGUUUAGGACUGAAUCGCUUUCGUUGUCAUAUACCUAGCUCUCGAGAACUAAUUAGUAUUCCGCAUUUACCCGCACUCAAAUAUUCCAGUACCCGCAUGCCAUCAAUAUAUGUUGUACCG